AUGGCAGCCCUUGGCAAGGCUGCACUGACCUACGUCGAGUUGGAGCGCCAGGCGGCAGCCGGCGACAGUGUCCUGCCGGCUCUCGCCAUCUUGGCCACAUCAUUCAAAACCCCCGCCAAAUCGGUUGAUGAAGUACGCCUGACGCUCAGCUUCAUGCCAAGCAGCGUUCAGGGCGUGGCCAUCUCCUUGCUGCGCUCUGCAGCCCGCACCGCCGGGGCGGGCCCUGUGGCGGCCGCCUUCUCCAAGCCCCUAGCCUCGCCCGACGCCGCCGUCCGCGGCCGCGCCCGCGAGUUCCUCAUGAAGGAGCCGCUGUCGCUGCCGGCCGGCGCGGUGGACGGGCUCCAGGCCAUGGCGGCAGCCGCGGAGGCGGAGGCGGCGGCGCUGCGGUCCGAGGUUACUGAGCUGCGGGCGGUACCGGUCAACACGCGCGCGGCCAUAGUGGAGCUGGCCCAGGCGGUGCGCGGUGCAGCGGAUGUGAUGCCUUGA